CAUUUAUUUCAAAAACCGUGCGCGGGGGACGUCGUGUUUUGGUUUUACUAUUUUACUCUUAACUAUCAAUGGAAAUGUUAUUAUAUGUAGCUCGUCUAACUACUGUUUAUUGAGAUUUUUUUCAAAUCGGGCAUUAUUAUGUAGCCUAUUCACUAUUAUAACAGUGGAUUAUAUCUCUUCAUAAUUUAAUGUUAGUAGCACACAUACGAGUUGUAUGGAUAGAAACUGCUGAGCUACUAGCUGGCUAAUACAGUUAGCAGCCUGUCUUGUUAAGAUUAACUAACUGGUUGACGUAACGGAAGAUAUAUUUUGUCUUAGUUAAUUACGUUUUCAGUUACAAAAUGAGGUGUCUCAAGGUUGAAGAGUACAUAAAGCGGACAGCGUGUUUGCAAGUGACGUGUCUCCUACACGAAGAUUUGGAGACGUAUGUGAAGAGUGGACCAGGACCACAAGGUCGCACUAUAUGUGACCGCGUUAUCAGGGCCUGUAAUCAACAACUUGGAGUCGGGGCUCUAGACAGAGAUCAUACCACCUGCUUGAUAAAACUAGUGGAACUUGCCCUCAACGGAUAUGACGUUUCUGGGGAGCUUGGGUCUCAAAGCAGCCCCUUGUACAUGGAGAAAAUUAUCUUCCACAUUCUCAAGAAAUUGGCCACACUGGGAGUGCAUCCACCCUGUAGCCACUUGGGAAACUUGCUCUACAAAAGGCUUGUUCCAGUCCCACAGACUGAAGACUACUGUGUGCUUGUGCGCAGCUGCUUUGCAGUGCUUUGGAACGCGCUGUCAGGGUCCCAAGAUAAAACCUCCUUAAGCCCCAGAGACAAGCUGCAUUAUCAGAUGCAAGCUCUUAGCUUCCUUCUGCUGUUGGACAAGGAGAAAACAUCCUCCCCUGCCUGCUCCAAAGCCCCGAUGUACAUUGAGGAUGCACUAGCUGAAUUUGAGAAGGGCAGUGGGACACUGACAGGGCAAGAUGCCUCUUUCCUGCUAAAGGAGAUGCUUACAUACCUUGCGGGUUUCUGGACCAUGGGGUGCAUUGGGGAAGGAGAUGGGGACCCCUUGAGGCAACAUUGCCUUCCUACUGUCUCUGAGGUGGUGGUGAUUACAUCUAAGCUUCUUUGUAAGGCAGGUUACUGGGCUCUGGCCUCAGGGCUGGUAGAUGAAGUCCAGGGCAGGGGCAGAGAUUGUUCUACCUAUCCUUACCCAGCUAUGGUGCUUGGCAGAUGGGCAGUAGACAUCCACCGGUCGCUUAGUUCUGGAGGAGAGUGUGGACAAGCUUUCACCGAAUGUGCCCGGACCCUCCGGUCUCUUCCUGCUGCCAUGGGCGUGCGGGAAGGCCAUGCGGUCUUGGAGGGGUGUAGUAUGGUGGUGUGGGCUGUGGAGGCAGGACAGGGCAAGGGGCUGAGUGGACCAGUGCUCCUGGCUUGGUUCUCUUUUCUGGAGGAGCAUCAGGAGCUAAUGAUGAAGAGAUUACAAAGGGAAGUUGCAUCGCAGUCUGAGGAAAACAGACUCCAGCAUUCCCUGUGCUUCAGCAUGUAUCAAGGCUUUGUAUUUACCUAUGACAGUAUGCUGGCCUCGCAGCUGGAGAACACUGUAUUACUGGACAGAGUUUUGCUGUACUGCCAGGCCACUGCUGGCCGAAUGAUGACUGAAAUUCGUAAACUGCCCAAUGACGGCAUCCUUGUCAAAGCAGUCACUGCUGUGAGUAACCUUGUAUGUGGUCUCUACAACCGCCAACUCUACAACCAAGCCUUCACCUUGGUGGAGAUCCUGUGCCAGGAGCUCUGCAAGAACUGUCCUGCAUCUCUCUCCAUUGAUAGGGUAAAUCGGCCCUUCAUGCUAGCGGUGCAGAGCUCUCGACGGGGAGGCCAUCUUGAGAGGGCCUUGGACUGGGUCAUCAUCUGGCUGCAGGUCCUGGGAGAGCGAGUCACAGAACACAUGACAGAACCUGUGGCCCUGUGGGUCAAGACCAAGGCAGAUGCAGCCCGGGCUGGCCAGGAGGACACACGACUCAGGACGCUGCGUGAUGGUUUUGGUCCUGACGUCCCUGCCGAGGGGGUGAUGCUGUGUCUCCUGGAAGAGGAGCUGAAGGCGUACAGGGAGUCUGCUGGGGACACCACCCAGGAGCGCUACAACACACUCUGCGACUUGCUAGACAUCUGCCACGAGGAGAGCACACACACACACCUUCGCGCUGUCUACCUGUGUGACAUGGCCCAGGUGGUGUGUUUCCAGGACUUCAGUGAACAGACUGACUGCUCUGCAGUUGAUUUUACACACGAGGCUCUGCGGCUGCUGGAGGAGGAGCCUGAGACGGGAGAGAAUGCUGAUAGGCUGAAGGAUGAUAGGGCCCACGCCUCUCUGUGGCUUUACAUCUGCACCCUUGAGAAGAACCUGCAGGAGGCCAUAGAGAAAGGGGGGAAGCUGCGGGAUGUGUGUGAACAGGCAGGGAGCGACACCAAUCCUGUUCCCACCAACGACCUGGACUAUGAAGACAAGCAGAAGCAACAAGAUAGCCACCUGGUGUACGAAGGCCUACACUUUAACCUCGCAGCCGAAAGCAAGCGGCACCAGCCUCUGGACAGAGCCUUGGCUGAGUGGUCCUCCUUGCUGCAGAACCAGAAGGUGCCAUCUGUCAGAAACCCCAUACAGACCUGUACUUCCAUUGGCCUCACUGCUGCCCUCUACAAACUCAUGGGCAAGCCUCUGCAGGCUUUGGAAGCUUACCAGCUGGCCAUUGGCCUCUCCAGGGGUCUGGGUGAUACCCAGGGCUGUGCCACCUCCCUAUGCCACUCUGCCAGACUGCUUCUGGAGCUGGGGGCCCCAGAGCUUGGAGAGUCCCAGCUGGAGCAGGCAGAACAGUGUCUGGGCCCCAACCCCUCCACUGAAGGACCGUCUCCUCUCUCGGUCAUGGCCACUCUUUUGAGAGCUCAGCUUUGUUACGGCACAGGACAGGUGAAGAGGGGAGUGUCCUACCUGUGUGAGGUUCUGAGAGAGGUGGGGGAGCAGAGGCAUUCCAAAAGCUGGUAUCUUCUGCGUGCGAGAGCGCUCCAGACCUGCAGCGCCUACCUGAGUCUGGACACUGGCACUUUACCGGAGGCCCUGCGCCAACACAUCACUGACCAUGGUCUGAAGAGCCCAGACGUCGUACUCUAUGACAGUCUGAAGUUGCUGUGCAGCUUGCUGGUCACACUGGUGGGGAAUGGUCUAUAUGGAGCCUACAGCAGCAGCACUGAGAAUCACUUCAUAGACCAAGGUGAUAACUUGGUGUUAAAGUGGCAGCUGCUGUCUGAGCUUCUGGCCUGCUCUGUAAGGAUGGUGUCUGUGAGGAGCAGCAGUGGGGCCGUGCAUGAGGCCAAGCUCCAGUGUCUGGAGGCCCUCAAACUAGCCACCAAGCUGCAGGCCCUCAGCCAGUGUGCUGAGCUUCUGGUGGUGAAGGCUGAGCUGGAGCUGAUGAAGGGAGAGAGGGAGGAGAGUGGCUUUGACCUGGACAAGGUCCGGAACCUGCUGGAGCUCUGCACAGACUUUGCUAACCAAGAGAAAAACACACAAGUGAAAAUCAAGCCUAGGAAAGGCUGUCCUGCACAAAAGCUACAGUCUCCUCUCCUUAGUUCUGAGGAGGACUGUAAAGGCUUCCUCAGCACCAGGUGGCUUCCCAAGGUGCCAGUGGAGCAGGAUCAGGCCAGCUCUCCUCCUCUCAAAGCCAGGGCCCAGCGCUGGCUCUCGUCCCUGAGCCACGAGGCUGACUGCCAGUGCCCCUGCUGCUCCGAACCCAGCCUGGGCCGCGUCACUGCCCGCUGGGCUGCAACCCAGGCCGACCUAGCCCUCCAGCUGGGCCUCACGGAGCGCCGCUCCUGCCGCAAACUCCACUUGGCUACACUGGCUCGUUGCAAGGGGGUGACAACCAAACUAGGCACCAGGUUAGCAACCCUUGUUCCCCUUGUUGGGGCCACAAAGUCCCCCUGCAAGCCCACCCUUCUGCAGGAUCUGGUGGGUCGCGUAUACCUUUGCAUGGCCCUGUCUGGUCUGGAUCUACAUCAGGAGAAAGCCCAGGGAACCUGGAAGAUCUUGGAGGCUGGCCAGGCCUUCCUAUCCUCAAAGCCCUCUCCAGAACUCGGCCCCCUGAGGGCUGGCUUGCUGGGGGCCAAAGCUCUGGCCUCCUGCCUAGCCCUGGCUGCACAGAACCACUGCCCCCUGGAGGAGCUGUUCUCCCCUGCUUGGACAUGGAAGCCACCUAAAGAGACUGUGGAGCCAGACCAUAAACCCAAAACACUGCCUCCACCUGUCUCUACAAAGAAGCCUAAAGACCCAGCCAUCCCUUCCAAGACCAAAGGCCCCAAGAAGGCCAAAGACUCUGUCUCAAAGAUCAAAGUGUCACUGUCCACCACUGCCACCAAGCCCAAGUGUCUGGUCCCCAAGACUCCAGUGGCAGUGAAGCCACCUAGAACCAAGUCAUCUGUUGGAGAGCACGGCUCCUUUGAUUUUGAUACAGUGGUCCCCAUGGUGGUCUGCACCCCUGUCCAGAAGCUCAGCGCUCCAGCCUCAGUAAGGAAAGGGGCUGUCAAGCCUGCCCUCAAAGUGCCCUUCAUGGUGUAUGAGGAAGUGUCUCCAGUUCAGGACAAACCCCAGCCUGUACCUGCAGCACCUAAACGCACUAAGAAGUCUCGUUUCAAAGUAGAGUUUAGUGAUGAGAGCGACCCAGAAGCUGACCCACACGUGGAGGUCAAGGAGAAGGCAGAGGCCUCUAAGAAGCGCCCUGCCUCCACCAGAAAAGCCUGUGUCCUCAAAGCUGCCCCAGAGCCACCUGUCAAGACUGUCCUCGCCAGGAGGCCUGCCAGAGGCAAGAAGAGCACCGUGCUGCCUUUGUCCUGCACCUCUUCGGAGGAGGAGGGCAGGGGGACGGUGACCCCUACUCGUCCAGCCAGGAGGGGGAGGUCCAGAAGAGCGCCGCCUGGGCCAGAGGCAGGAGAGGAACCAGAGAAUAUGAGGACCAUAAAGGAGGAGAAUGAGGGAACGCUGGACUUCAGCAUAGAGGAGCUGAGAGCAUCGGACACUGAGACUGAGGAGAACAGACUGUCUGUAUUUCUCCUCUCCACAACCAUGGCUGUGGAUGCCUCAGACACAGAAUUUGAGGUCUUGCGGAAGGACCGUUGUGGGGACAAGGAGAGAGACUUUCUGUCUGAGCUUAGGAAAGGAGGCCACCCAGCGGGAGCCCUGCCAAUCCACCAUCCUCACUUAACUAUUGGGCCAGGUGACCUGUCUAUGGAGGUGAUCCAGUCUCUGCUGCUCACUGCCUGGCUGGCCCUGCAGCAUUUCCCCCCGCCCACCCUCUAUCCCCGCCUUUGUGCUCUGCUGGCCCUGUCUAUGGGGCAGCAAGACCCCGUCACCACAGCAAUGCUCCAUGCCCAGUCUCUGGGGGUUACCAGCCGACAUCACAUGAUCCGCCACUUGGCUAAUCGCCUCAAGAAACUAAAGAAGAGCUCCAGUGAGCUGGCAGACCAACUGAGUUCUCUCAGUCUGCAGGAGUCGACUCCCCAGACUGGGGCGUCUGUGGAGCAGAGACUAGCUCAGCUGGAGGACAUCUAUUCCUUCCCUGCCGCAGACUCCAGUGCCUUUCCCCAAUACCACUGCCACAAGUUCACCACGCAGUUACAAGAGCUCCCCUCAGGGGUGACCGUGUGCGUGCUGUCUGUGCUGGAGGUGCAGCCAGGGGAGAUUGGAGACACACUGCUGCUCUCUCGUCUGGAGAAGGGCUCUGCUCCUGUGACUGUCCGUAUCCCUACUACCCAGAGAGAGCACCCUGUCAGCUGGCUGGUGCAAGAGAUGGACAGUGUCCAGAAGGAGCAGAAGGCUGUGAGCUGUGUCUCAGACAAGGCCAAGUGGUGGCAGGGACGUAGGGCGCUAGAUGCUCGUGUUGAGAGGCUGUUGGAGGAGAUGGAGGGGCUACUGGUCUGCUGGCGUGGGCUCCUCCUUCCCCUAACUUCUGACCCCCAGCUGUCCACCGUGACCCAGAACAUCCACAUGAGCCUCACAGCGCUGGGUGUUGAGAUCACUAAAGACAUGCUCAAGGCUGUGCUGUCAGCUUCUCCCCUGUUGUCCCAGCAAGACCUGCGUCUGCUGGCACACGGAGUGUGUCCAGAGCGGGGUGAGGAGUGUGUGCUUCUGCUGCAGGCUGCUGUGUCUUCCCUGGCUGAGAGAGCUGAGCCAAAUGGCCAUGUGGUCCUCAUCCUAGACAAGUACCUUCAGAAGCUUCCAUGGGAGAGCAUCUCGUGUCUGAGGCCUCAAAGUGUUACUCGCAUGCCAUCUCUCCACUCACUGCUAGGACUCUGUGCUCUGAAAGAGUCUGACCCUGGGUGUGUCCUGAAUCGAGGGGUGGACACUAAGCAGGUAUACUAUGUGCUUAACCCUGACGCCAACCUCGGAGACACAGAGGAGCGCUUUAAAGACUGGUUCAGCAGUGAAGGGCAAUGGCAGGGUGUGUGUGGAGUACGUCCUAACUCUGAGCAACUACAGGAAGUGGUGACGACCAAAGAUCUUUACAUCUACGUGGGUCAUGGGGCAGGAGCUCGCUACCUUGACGGACAGAGGAUCCUGAAGCAGGAUCUGAGAGCGGCCUCUCUCCUCUUUGGCUGUAGCAGUGCUGCUCUGGCUGUGCGAGGGGAGCAGGAAGGCUCAGGCAUCAUCCUCAACUACCUCAUGGCUGGCUGCCCAUUUGUUCUGGGUAACCUGUGGGAUGUGACUGAUCGGGACAUCGAUCGCUUCACCAAGGCCCUGCUGGAGUCUUGGCUGUCUGCUGGCUCAGGGGCGCCCCUCCUUGACCACAUGGCCACCUCACGCCAGGCGACACACCUAAAACACCUCAUAGGGGCAGCGCCUAUAGUCUACGGCCUGCCAAUUUACAUGCAGUAGGACUUGAGGAAAUGGAAAACAUCUGAUUGGAUAGACUAAGCAUUCAUACUUUUGAAGCCAUGCACUCUUAUGUUUAAUAACAUUAUUUUAAAGUUUUAUGGAUUAUUUGCCGGAAUGUAUUUAUUGUAAUGGAAUGCCUUUCUUUAAAUUAGACAGAUAUGGUUUUAAUGUGUGACUUCAAUGUACUCAAAGUAUUGAUUGAUUUUCUCCAAUAAAUGCAUCAUAGUA